AUGAAGUUGACGUGUUUCUUAGUCGGAGCAGCACUCACGACUUCGGCUCUGUGUCAAGGUUUGUAGAAAAAAAGGUUCUUAAUCUUGAAAGGCGAUUUUAGCUGAUUCGGAGAAGAAAUCGGAGCUGCCAUGGAAGGAUGGAGGGGAGGGUGAGUAAUUUUGUGAGGUUGUAUUUUUCAAUAACAAGUUAUUUUCCAGCUUGCAAAAACCUUCUCGAUGGAUUAUAUCCGGUGGCUCCUUGCGCUACAGAGUUUCUGACCUGUUCGGGGGGAGUUGCUCGACCUGUGAUUGGAAGCACAACGUCGCUGAGUGUUCGAAAACAGUCCUUGAAGCUGCACAAGAAGCCUCUGGAGAGUUCUCUGGAGAAGCUUCGGUGGUAUGAAAAAAACACCAGCGAAAAUUCAAACGGCGGCUUUUCCGAUUUUUUCAUAUCGCUAGGGAACUUUCCGACGGCCACCUUUCCGACGGAUCCCUUUCUGACCUUUUUCUAUUAUCUUUUUCGGUUUAUAAAACAUCUAUUAACAUUUUUUUUUCUAUUUCUUUGUGUUCUAAUCAUGAAUCAACUACCUACUUUAUAUAGGAAGAUUUAAAACGAAGAUUUUAUCGAGAAAAAAUUCGGAAAAAGAUUCGUCGGAAAGGUGGCCCUCGGAAAGUUUCCUAGCGAUAUGAAAAAAUCGGAAAAGUCGCCGUUUGAGAUUUCGCUGGUGUUUUUUUCAUACCACCGCAGCUUCGGGCGAAAAUCCUGGAGAAGCUUCGGCGGCAGUUCUGGAGAAGCUUCGGGCGAAGGUUGCGGCGAAUGGAUCGAUGGAGGCGAUGGUUUGAAUAAUUUAACUUUUUUUUUAAAUGGAUGUUUUCAAGUUUGCCAAAAAUUGCCCGAUGGAAUUUAUGCGCGAGGAACGUGUGAAUCCAACUUCUUGACGUGUUCUGGCGGCAUCGCUCGAAUCAUGAACUGUCCGGCAACGCUCUUCUUCAACCCUCCAAUUUUGGUGUGCGACUGGGAAACCAACGUCCUCGGCUGCGAAGGAUCUGGAAGCUCCGGAGAAUCCUCUGGUGGGAGCUCGGGUGAAGGCUCUGUAGAAAAUGACUGGGUUGAUGCUGGGGAAGGUUAGUUUGCAUUCUCCAUUCAACUUGAGUUAAUGAUUUUUUUUUCAGUUUGCAAUGACAUUCCCGACGGACUCUACCCAAUCGGCAUUUGCGAACCUCAAUUCCUGACCUGCUCCUCCGGAUCUGGACGUUUGAUGCGAUGCCCAGCGGCUCUUUUCUUCGACCCUCUGACCGCUGUCUGCGAAUUCCCUUUCAAACUCGAGGGUUGCUUGGAGAAGAUCAUCGAAGAGGGGUCUUCUGAGUCUUCGGGCGAAUCAACUGGGGAUAACUCGACUGAAUCCUCGGGCGAGGCUUCUGUAGAAUCUUCCGGACAAAUCGCUGGAGUUAUUUCAUGGGUCGAUGGAGGCGACAGUUUGUAGAUUUUCUUUCAAGGUUAUCUGUUUUUUCCAGAAUGCGAGAACCUGCCUGACGGUCUUUAUCCUAACGGAGCCUGCUCCUCCAAGUUUUUGACAUGCUCUGGAAGACUCGCCAAGAGUGUCAAAAAUUUUAUUCGACGACCCAAGCAAAAUGGUCUGCGGAGUGAGGUCCGAAGUCCUCGGAUGCUCGGUCGCUCCUGUCUCCGAGUGCAAGGUUUUCGUAACAUGUGAAUAUAAUAACACGAUCCGUUCCUUUUAGAAAGGCGGACUUUUCUCCUUCGGAAAAUGUUCCACUCAGUUCACGUCUUGCGUCAACGGACGAGCCAUCCUCAUGUUCUGCCCCAGUUCUCUGGCUUUUGAUGAAUCAGAGCAGACCUUCAAUAACCCUAAAGGAUUCAAGGAAUGUGAAAACUCGACUGGUAAACUUCUGAAUUUUAAUUUUCAAGACGGAAAGACUCAGGUUCUGGUGAAAACUUUGGUGAAAUUUCCAUCGAGCAAUCCGGAGAAUUCUCUGGUGAGUCUUCCGGAGAAAGCUCUGGCGAAUCUUCUGGUCAAGAAACGGCUGAGUUCUGCAAGAGCAACGAUGACGGAUUCUACUCGGCUGGUAUGUUCUCUUUGUACACUUUCCUGUAGCUGCAUUUUAUCUCAUUGUUCAUUUUGAGGAUGCGGAUCGCUAGUUUACGCCUGCUCAAACUCACAAACUGAUCGCCUCGACUGCCCGUCGCACCUCGUUUUCGACGACGAGAUGAAGUAUUGCGAUUUCCCAUCCAAGUCUUCCGACUGCACUGACCUCAUCGAACAAGGUUUUGGUAUUCCCAUUGAAAUGGAACCAUUUUUUCUCCAGAGGCUAUCACGGCAUUGAGACCAAGUACAGUCAAGUGUGAGAUCGACGGGAUCUUGGUCAGCAACGAAUGCUCUCAAAGAUUCGGUCUGUGUACGUCGGGAACUCUGAUUCCAUUCACAUGCAACGCCGGUGCUGUCUUCGCCAUCAACAAUGGAACAUGCAUCAUCUCUGACGAGGUCCCUCAAUGCCACCACUAACUCAGAUUGAAUUGAAAAUAUAUUGAUAUACACUAACCUUCUAACAAUCAGAUGUACAUUAUACCCUAAAUACCCCGUUGAAACGCUGGAAGUAGUGUAAAGCUUGUAUAAUAAAUAUUGCUUGGCAUAGAAUGUAAAAAGAGAAUCGGUUGAAUAUAUCCUUACAAAUGCCUAUGUGCGGAGAUGAAUUUACUGCUUGCUAUUCAUACUUUCAUUAACUGUUCCCUAAUAUGGAAUCUAAUUAUGCGUAACUUAACUCGAAUGAAACGGAAGUUAAAAGAGACUUCUCUCAUCUAUAGCUGAACUGCAAACAUUUCUGAACCUCUUGUUUUCACAAGCUCUUUUAUUGAACUUUUAAGAGCCAUUUCAUACAGUUUGAGGCUGAUCGUGAAAGGCCUAGACCAAGUUUAGAAAAUGACUCCGAAUCAGACGUAUCUUACUUGUGUUCAAGGCGUUUUUUGUUGCUUCGCAAUUGUUCCCUUUGCGAUAGCAUGUCACGUUGCCGCAGUAACGACGGAAAAACAUCGCGAAAACUUAACCAGAGACCAGACGAGAAAAUUUUCUUCGUUCCUGUUUCAUCAAACGUCUUUGCACAUCCGAGUUCUUGGAUAUUCUGAAGAAAAUCUUGAUUCCGAAAAAAGAUUCGGAAUUUCGAGAGAUUUAAAAACAUUUUUAUCGUAAAGUUACUGUUUAGAUUUCGAAAUUUGAAAACAUAAAUAAUAUUUCUAUCGUUAAGUUACUGUUUAGAAGAAGAUAUAUCAGCCACGAUAUUUUUCGGUUAGACGUCUAAAAAAAAAAGCUUUUUAAAUGUCUCCUUUUUAAAAGUUUUGUCUCCUGGAGGAUUGUUUGAAGAUACAUUUUUUUUUUGAGUCGUCCUCUCUUUCUCACCCAACGAGAUCUAGUACGAUCCAUCAUAAAACAACCUACCAAGCCUGAUACACUUGAAAAUAAUAAAAGCGUGUGACUUGCAAGAAGCGAGCUUUUCCGCACGACACCUGAGGUUUUCUCCUUUUCGAAGCAAACAAGGUUAUGAAGAGAGUUAUGUGAAAAUUGAGAGGGUAGAAUAGAUUGGCAUCGAUGAAUGUAAGCAAAAAUCUCCCACGCCCACGUUUGCUUCUUUGCGGAAAUGCUCAGACACUGGUAACGCCUUCCGGAAGUGUCUGUAAUCUCACAAUCGUCAAGACAAAAAUGUCAAGACAACUUUUUAUCGACGCAAAGACCUCUUGAGUGAUCGGAAUCUACAAAACCGUUCAUUUUAUUAAUCCCCGUUUCAUCUUGUCUGCCACUGCUUUCUUUUCGAAAAAGAAAUUAAUGCUAAACGUCGAAUAUAUAAUUUUUUCUGAAUAGAAAUUUAAUGACAGUGCAAAAAAUGAACUAAAUUCGUGUCCAUUUUCCUUUUUCACGUUUUUCAAGUCCGCUCCAGCGAGCUGCUUUCCUGGUAUAGCCCAUUCCGAUUUAGGUUUAUCCGUUUUGUUAGUCUGUGUACCAAAUUGGACCUAAUUUGAGCAGCUUCACUUCAAGACUUUCGUUUUUCUUCCAGUAUCUUUUGAAUUUCUGUUUUACGUCAAUUUUUUUCUCUUCGGUGCUUUAAUCAUUUUGAAGUGAUCGCGGAACGUAAUCAAAAAACGCAUGCCCAACGAAUCGGAACUUUUCUGUUAGAGUGAACUUUUUCAAUAGAGUAUAAUCAUCUGACCUUUCGAAGCAGCUUGCAAAAAGUUUUCGUGAAAAUAAUCUCAUGUUUCUAUGCUCCUUCAAAAAUGUAAUUCUUUGCUUGUUUUUUUUUGGCGAGCUUCCAAAGAGUCAUUCUGAAUUGUUUCGUUUAAUCCAGUUCAAAAUUUCUUCCUCGGUCAAAUCGCUCCGGACGUUUCUGAGCCUUUCAAGUGAUUGCUUAAAAGUACUAACGUCACUGAAGGGUUCACUUGGAAUGUCCAGAAAUAUCCUGGACGUGACCUUUAAAUCAGAUCGAAAAAAAACUUGCUUCAAACUUUUUUUUAGCUACUUUUUUAUAUUUUUUUUCGUGUACCAACAGUUCAAGCAUAUUGAACUCAAUGAACCAAUCAACGAGCUCAUUUAGGUUGCAAGUUUUGACUCGCGAGCGCGAUUUCCUAUGAAAGCCGAGAGAAAACCUUUCCAAUUUACAGGAAAGCCGAAUCGAGCAAAUAACUAUAGCCGGCCAGUGUCAACGACGUCGUUGGCCCGUUUAUGUCCGAUGGCCUUUUAUCUGACCCCCACUUCCAGGUUAUUUUAAAUAUGGUUUUUGUACUUAUUGUACGGUUUUCAAAGAACUUUUUAGGUCGAAUUUGAGGAAUCUUUCUUUUUUCAAAUAUUAAAUAUUCAAAUGUGUAUUUUUAGUUAUUUUUAUCUCUCAGAAAGUUUGAAAAUAUCCGCAUCUGAGCGUCUUUUGUUUCUUCCUAGGAUGACGUAAAAAACCAUAAUUAAAAUCGUUGAAUCAUUUUUUUGUUUCCGCGUGAAUCAAAGGCAGGAAAUUCACUGAGGCAGCCCAAACACAUAUUCUUUCUCGUACGCUCAACGCUCGUGAGAAGCGACCUUAUUUUUUUUUUCAACUUUCUCACUUUUUUGCAUUACCUGGAUGUGAAUGAAACAAAUGUGGAAGAAAUCCCACCGCCGAUACUUCUUUUCCUAAUCACAUGUUGCCUUGAAAGUCGUUUUGCGCUGCGUUUUGCAUGUUAUGGAAGCCUUGAAGGAAGCCCCUCGAAAGGCGCGGCGGCCGCGGCGUUUCUCACCCCAUAGUUGCUUUCUGUCAUGUACUUGUCGCACAAGCAGUUCAAGGUUUGUUCAUCAUUUGGCAUGUUUCCAAACCGUCUUUCAAUUUGUGAGAAAAAUUUUUUUAAGUAAGCAAUUUUUCGACUUGGACCCCCAAAGCGCCAGUUUUACUCACGGACUCCAGAGUGGUCCCUAUAGGGGCAACCUUAGGAGCCCUUGAAGGUUUCCCCUCUAGGGGCAACUGAAGCUUGCAAAAGUGGUCCCUAUAGGGGGCAUGCUGAUCGGAUAAUUGUUAUGAGCCCUAAGCGAAGAAGCUUUUCCAUGGGAAACCGAAUAAAUAAGCGUUUUUGAAUGAAAUUGAAAGAUCCCUAUAGGGUCCACUUGAGCUUUGGGGGCUAAGGGGUCAGACCCUAAACCCCUAUAGGGACCACUCUGGAUUUCUUAAGCAUGAGAACUUCCUUUUAUUUUCUCAAUAUUUCACUUUCAAAGGGACUUAAUACUUUUUCUCAACUCAUAAUCGAAUGAAUAACAAAAAAGAGACAAACGAGGUUUAAAAUGUUGUGAAAAGUAGUUUGAGAGAUCACUGCUCUGAAUCCUAGUCACCCUGGGAAAGAACAGAAACAGAAUUCCAAGUUUUGCUCAAAAUUUUUUUAUCGUCUUUUUUUAGUUUGAUCAAUGGCGACAAAAAACCAGCAUGAAAUAAAGAAUUAAGCAGAUUGAAUGAAGAAAAAUAAGAUAUUUUCAUUCACAUUAUUAUUUACGAUUGCGUGCACGACUUUCAAAUUGGGAAAAAGGAAAUAGAACCCGAGGGAAAACUGCACGGCGUUCGGCCUUUUAGAGGCGGAGUCCCUUUUUGUGCUAGGGAAAGUGCACAUCUUGCCAAUUUUAUAUUUCGAUGAAAAUCUCCCCAAAACUGUCCUUGUUCAUCAUCUUCUGGGUCAAAGAACUCCAUCUUCUGGGCAUAAGUCGGCUGGAUCCCACCCCGGGGUGCGCGCCUUCCACCCAAAAAGUGCGGCCUAUCUCAUUUUCAACUCUUUUUUUCGCGCGAAAAAGGCUGGGGUAUGGAUUAGCCCCGAUGUAUGCUUUUAGACCGAAGAACCUUCGCAUCCUCUCUAAAAGCCUCAAAAGCUAGCUUUCGGUUUCAACUAGGCGCUUACAGGACUGGGCGAUGCAGCUGCCAAAUCUGCCAGUGCAGCCACGCAACGGUAUGAUACGGACCUACGACAACACAACGCGCACUUUUUCUCGGCCCUACUCGGCCAAGACCGUCUUUUUCUACAAAGAGGGCGACACCUACUUUUCGGUAGGUUUUCCAGUUUUUUUUUAAUGAGUAUAAGUUUAAAAGUCAUUUUCUGAAUAUUACUCAUUUUUAGAGUUUUAUUUUAUCCAAGAGCAGACUUUUUUGCUCUCCUGAUGAUACAAUCUUCCUUCUGAAACUUGAUAGGUUCAAAAGUAUUGUUCUUCUGAAGAAUACACAAAAAACCGUGUAAUUUUCAGACUGCUGAAUAGGCGUGAAAAAAGUCAUAACCAUUCUAUGAUUCCAUUUUUUGUAAAUCAUAAUGAUUGAAUAAUCCACGAUAAAAAUUGCUUGGAGUUAUUUCUCCGGAAUCUAUUCAUAUCUUCUGGAAAAUGAACGAAGAAAUUGAGGGUCUGCGAGUUCCAAUCUCAAAAAGUCGAUACAAGACGAUCGACGGCCUGCUCGACGACCUCAACCGCAAUAUCCAAAUGCCUUUCGGGGUGUGUCGAAAUCUUUUAUGGCUCCGAAAUAAUGAUAAUUUCAGGUCAGGCGGCUUACCACUCCAAUGGGUCGGACACCCAUCGACGACAUCAACAAACUCGAACACCUCGGAAAGUUCGUCUUGUGUUUUGAAAACUGCACUUUUAUAUAGAGCGGAUAUCUUGUUGAAAAUAGUACUGGAGAAUUAGCGCCUAUUGAGACGAGAUAAUCGGCCGUUUAUGCCAGAAUCUAUUCAAAGGGAUUAUCAGCUGCUGACGUAGCCGAUCUCUCCAAGAGCUUAGGAUGCCGCUUUAUGAAUACUUUUGCAUUAUCUUCUUGGAGUUUUGGAAAGGAAACCGUCUAGUUAUAAAAAGCCACCGAAAAAAUGGUACAGAACGACGAAAAAUAGUUGUGAAAAUUAUCGAUCUCGAAAAUCAAAAAAGUCUUCUUUUGCCAAUUAUAUGACUGAAGCAAAACAUGUAUCGAAAUUAAACUGAAGAGCCAAAAAAUAAACGAAAAAAAAAACUCAAAUUUCGCGCUUUUUAUAUUACCUUCACUGCUCGCUUUGGAAUCACGUGCAAUUGAAAGGGCUUGAUUUCAUGAAUAAACCCCUUCGAAAAAAAUAAUAUAAACCAAUUUUUUUAUAGCAUUCCAGUUGACUAGUUUAUUAGAUACUGCAAAAAUAUUUUUUUUCUUCGACAAUUAGAAAAAUGAGUCAAAAAAAGUGUUUUUUUAAUCAAUUUUUUUAUUUUCGAGAAUUAUUGUUUAACAGUACUGGUAAUAAAAAGUAUUAGCAAAAAAACUGAAAAAUCGUGAAAAAUAAAAAGUUGUUCUGUUCAAGAUUUGAAAAAAAUUAUAUUUUCUAAGAAACUCCGAUAUUCGAUAUGGAACUUUUUUUUCCCUUGUAAAAACAAGUCUUCGGCUUUUUAAAAAAACCUAGUUAGCACCCUAAUAAUUAUGUAGUAUGCUUUAAAAAAAAAUUUACUAACUAUCGGAAUUUCAGUCUCCCUUGUUGAAAAAAUUUCGAAGCUGUUUCAGAAAGAAACAAAGAGAAGUUUAGGUAUGUGGCGUCUUCGUCGAAGACAAGCCGCGGCGUAGACUUCUCGGCGUUGGAAAGGCUCCAGAAGGCGCGUGAAACGGCUUCAGAAUCGCUGCGGAACACGCGGCCUGGCGGCCAGUCCUUCUGGGUAAAUGUCUUGCGGCUACAUUUCCGGAUUUGCGACUACAAUGGGUGGAGAAAGAUGAAAAAAAGGAAGGAAAAGAGGGAUAGGUAAUCCCAUGAUGCCAUUCAAGGCGCCAUCCAUUCGUGUCGCCCGUCAGGCAUCGUCAACACCUUUCAUCGUUUCAGGUAUCCACGUCUCCCAGUUAUCAGCAAAAACUCCGAAUGACUCGCACCUUAGGCUUGAGCAUCCCCUCGAAACAGGUUCUUGCGAUUUUCAUUUCUUCUUCAACUCAGGCAUGUCUGACCACGUGGCCGACUCGGUGAUCGACCAGGUCGCUCCGCCGAAAAUUGAAGGAGCAACGUCGCCCAGUGCGCAGGUCCUUCCAAAGCGAAGCUCCACUUAUAUCCUCCUGACUUCAAAUGAAAAUAAUAAUGCCUCAGGUGUUCUUUGUUCUCAAUGGAAAGGGAAAGUUCUACCGAACCUUGCUCAAUCCGUACAAGCUGCCGUCGAUGGAGAAGCUGCUCGGAGAGGUCAGCGAAGGAUUGGAGGCGAGUUAUUCCUGUUUAUAAGAUUCACAGGUUAACUCUUGAAGGUAGCCAUCUACCGACUGUACACGACAGAAGGAAGCAGAGUGACGAAGGUUGAGGAGAUCAUGUCUCAUCCUUCCCCAAAAGUGAUUGUGAAUCAAUUUUCGAUUAAUGGAUGUUCCGACAGAUCAUCGCGUGUCCACGCAACGAGCGUCCCUUCCUUCAAGCACCGGUGCAACUACCGCUGAUUAGGCCCAGUCGGUACGCUCCGAGGCUCCUCGAUCUAGGUCCGUCCUGCCAUUGUCUGGUUUCCCAGGCAACCAAGAAACGAAGAAGAUUUGCCGUCCUUUGCAGACUCUUUGUCCAACACGAACACGACAGAAUCAAUAGGCGAGAACGGCAUCGAGAAGUCGACGAGGUGUUCCUUGACCCAGUCCAAAAUCAACUCCCAAAGUUUCAGAACGGUCAUGCCGCCGAUAACGAAAGGUCUUCGGAGAGCCACAGGGGCACCGCGGAAAACCUUUGCAGAAAGAGCGUUCGAGAAAAGUUUGCUCAUUGAAUUUCUGAAAAGUGAAAACCAGAGCUCUUUCAAAGUGUUCAUAAUUCCUUAUUCUGAAAAUUAAAAAAAAAAUCUCUGGGUGAAAAAUGUAGAUAGCUCUCAACCAAUUAAACUGGUAGCUCUGUUCAUUUUUUCCAUCAUGGUCAAACAGCAACUUUUUUUGCAAAAGACAUUUUUUUUCAAAUUUUUUUAGCCAUCUCAGUUUCAAUGAUUGGAUUUCAAACAAAAAUUUUCAAUAAUUGGCAUAAAAACUGAAAAAAAAAAAUCAUUGUCCCAAAUGUUUCUAUGGUCAGAUUCUCGAGACUUGAAAGGUGAUAUGGGCAACUGGGCAAAGUUGGUUUUAUUGCGUGUGCCAAAAAGUUGAAAAAAUGUAGGAAAAAACAUUUUUUAUCUUUAUCCCAUCAAAUGGUAUUCCUCAGUCAUGAAAAAAACCAAAAACAAAAAACUAUCGAAAUUAAAGAAAAAAACAUGAAAAAGAGGCUCUUACUCUUGUCAAUCUGACCAUAUCGCUUUUCAUGUCUGGAGAAAACCGGGUAAUUUCGAACUCUAGCCUCAGGAAAUAUUUUGCAGAGAAACCGGUGGGCAAACCCAAAGAUGCACUGGUCAGCCGAAAGCGUCAUGUCGUCGAUUCGUUUGAGCUCGAAAAACAAGGUGCUCAAAAGACGGACGACGUCGACUCAGGCACUGGAAACUCGGCCACUUCGACAGGCAGCUGGAGCCAUUGGGACAACGAAAGAGCUGAUAGUAUGACGGAGAGGAAGGCUCAAAUGAUCCGAGAAGAGAGCCAAGCAGCGACCAGCGAGGAAGAUCUCAUCGUGGAAGGCGAGAGCGACCUCGACGACCACCCACGCAAAUCUUCGGCCACAACCGACAGCGCCGUCGGCAGCGUCACUCCGCCUCGGACCUCGUCAGCCAAAAGUCGGACGGAUACUCCUGCCCUCCAUACUCCCAAUUCUCGACUUUCACGAGCGUCCUUCAGAAGUCAGGCAGAGACCCCAGCGCUGAAGACUCCUGACUCGGCGACCAGAAAUUCGCUAGCGUCGUCUAGAAGUCAUGCAGAUUCGCCUGCAAUGCGAACUCCCGACUCUGAGGCCAACUUCUCUGCGAGAAGAGCUUCCGACACUUCUGAGCACAGCGUUGCCGCUACUUCUGCUGUACACACUCCAGACUCCUCUCGAGAAAUAACAACCCCAGAAGCCAACGAUAGACGAUUCGGUCAUCUAGGCGCGAGCACAGACAGCGAUAUGGAGCUGGAAGUGCCGUCAACUUCAGGAAGCGUUCAAACUAGAGACGAAGAACGAGAUCAAAAACCUCUGCGUAAAAUAACGGAAGAGCCUGAAGUCAUGUGCGAGAACGUUAGAAACGCUGCUGCAACCAAGAUACAAGCCGUUUAUAGAGGCUAUCGGACUCGUCGAGUGCUGAAGGGUAAGUUUUUGCGAUCCCGUAAAUUGAUGACCUGAAUUUUAGUGCGAUUCAAUGAAAGCAACGAAGAGAUACCAAAUCUACCCUCCUCUCAGCAGCCGCUAGAGGAAACAGCGGAUGACUUCACAGUUAUUGAAAAUGGUUUGCAAUCUUGAAUGCUUAGGUUUGAAACAGUAAGAAAAAAGGUCGAUGCUUUCCCGAACCCAAAAUUUUUUUUUUCGAACCGUACUCCAAUUGGUCCCCCAGAUAGUAUAAUUCUUUCGAUCUUCUCAUUUUCGACCGGCUCCAUAUAAUUUUUAUCGAUCUUCUUUUUAGUCGUGUUUUUCUCGAAAAAUAGGAAAUUUCAGAAAGUUUUGUAGAUUAUUAGAGUCCCAAUAAAAAGCUCUAUAAUAAAAUGUUUACGCGCAACAAAAAGUAUUUUUUACUGGCCACACGUCUUUAAAAGUCAUCCGAUGCGAAAGCGAACUUUUCAGAUGAAGGAAGGAGCUUGAAGUCAACAAACUCAACGAGUGAGUCGAUUCAGUAAAUCGAAAAAACGACCAUCUUUCCAGGAAUGACCUACACAAUCGAGGUGAAAAUCGGGUUUCGGUACGGCGCCGAAACGGAGGCAGAUCUCUACGUGGUGUUGCACGGGGAUGAGGCCUCGAGCCAGAAAAUCGUCCUCAGACAAGAGGUCUUUCCUAUGACUCUCCAGUUCGAACGGAGAUUAUUUGCAGUCGGACUGGCUCCUCAUAGAAAAUCCUCAAUUCCGAGAAGACCAGGUCGUGCGCUUUCACGUCGAAUCUUUGCAUUUGGGCACUCUGAGCAAGAUUGUCAUCGGGCACGACAGCAAAGGCUACGGUAGGGCGACAUCAUGUUCCAAGACAAAAAAGCACUUCGACAGGCGCCGGAGUUUUUAUCGAAUACGCCAUGGUUGCUGAGAACGCGCUGGCGUCACGCCAAUUCAUGUUUUUUUGCAACAAAUGGCUCGACGGCGGGCAGGCAUGACACUGAAAAUUAUUGCAAAAUGCUAGUUUUGGAUACAGGUGGACGGGAAAAUCGAGAGAACGCUGUUCCUAUCGACUUUUCUCUACAUGGAAGCUGCGCUGAGAGAUUCGGACCACACGAGUGAGCUCUUGCUCCGAAAAAGAGCGAAAUCGGGGGUUUGCAGAAGGUCGGUGGGAGUUCAUCGUGCACACUCGACACGACGGCCUCGGCGGCACCUCGUCGAAUCUCGUCAUCGUCGGCUACGGCGUCAACGGCGUCUCCAUGAGCUACAUCGAGAACGACCGAAUGUUCAGCGACCCGGCCUACAAUCCUCUCAUUCAGGUCACUCGUCCAGAUGACCUGAAUGACCAUCGACAAAUCGUUCAGGUGGACUUUGGCGAGAUCGGAGAGCUCUUCAAAGUGCGCUUCGAGAUUGAUGGUGCAGGAGAUCGACCCAACUACUUCAUCGAGUAUCUCGAGAUUCGCGACCUUGACACUGAAGAGCGGAUGGCCGUCAGGUUAAUCUUCCCGAAAUUUCUUCCUGACUCCCUAAUUUCCAUUUGAAGUGUCAACAAAUGGUUGAUGACGAAUCCGCCGGAAGACGCUAAGCGAUACCAGGCCUUUCGAGAGGUUCCCAUAUACCGCGCUACAUCUCAGCCGCUUCCUAGUGAGCUUCAUAUGAGUCUGAACUAACGAAAAGGGGUUUCAAACGAAUUUGGGUUCUUGGCGCAAUAAUCCAUAGUUAUAAUGUUUCAUUAUGAGGGCAGGCAAAGUCAGAAUGGAUGCAGAAUGGAUGCAAAAAGAGAGUGGCUGCUAAAUGGCGGCUAAAAGGGUUCCGUUUUGCGGCAUUUAUUGAGCCUUCAUUUCUAUUUACUAGAGUUGUAAAAGUCGGAAAGGGUGGAAAAAGGCUCCAUAGAAAUGUUCCUUUUAGGGUACAAAAAAGGUUCCUUUUUUACUGCCUUUAUGAACCAUUUUUGGUGCAUUUUUCAACCCUUUCUUGACCAAAAAAAAAAUGGAAGGCUCGAUAAAAGGGCUCUUUUUGCUGCCUCUCUGCAGUCUUUUUUGAGCCUCUCCCUUUCAGCGGCCAUUAUUCACCAUUCUGAUUUUUUCCCGAGGGGGAACUCGAGUGAAUUUUGAGCUUUCAAGCUUCCAGUCCAUUUACCAGUAAAAAGAAAUGAAAAGUUGUUUUUAGCCACUAUAUACGAAGGAAAAGUCACGCUGGCGGACUUGGAAUUGGCCCGUUCGCCACAGCUCAAAGCGCAACUGAUAGGCGCCACAAGCGAUUCCGGCGUCUUUCCAAUCUUUCCAAGUCGCUCCAAGGACAAAACGGUGAAAAAAAGACGCUGAGAGAAGGAUGACGCCGAGAGUUCAGACCUACUCCUACAAGGUGGAUUGCGUUCAUUUGGGAAACAUCACAGACGUGAGGAUCAUCGGCGACCUCGAGGGACCGGCCAACGACGUGAUCGAAGGUCUCGCCGUCCUUCAGACCAUCUACGAUCACCACGAACUCCAGAUUCCCGUCGGCGACCAAGUCCUCAAACUCCCAGUCGAUUUCGUUAACUAACAAUACUUUCAGCUUCUCGCAUCGGAGUUCACAGUGAGGGAGACAGGUCACGCCCCUUUCCGCUAUGUUCUCGGCGUUUCCAGCGUCCGUGAGGACACGACUGUUGCCGACGGCCCCGUCUACAAGACUCUCUCCGUCAAAAGUGAACUCUUUCAACAGAAAACUUUCAAAAAAGAAAUUUAAAAAAAAAGCAAGAUUUUUGGAGAACUUUAAUAGUUCUUCUAGCAGAUCUCGAAUAUUAAAAAAAUAUAUCUAUUUGUAAGUUGCUGAAAUGGGUGAUUCCAAUAGAGGUUACGGAGAUAAACAGUCCCUAUAGGGGACGAAAAAGUGGUCCCUGUAGGGUUUUAGAGUCCGACGUCUUAGCCGCUAAAUCUCAAGUGGUCCCAGUAGGGGUCAGGGAGGAAAAACAUCCCUAUAGGGGUCGAAAAAGUGGUCCCUAUAGGGUUUUUGGGUCUGACCUCUUAGCCCCUAAAGCUUAAGUGCUCUCUAUGGGGGUUUUUCAAUUUUAUUCUCGCUUAUUUAUUUAGUUUACCUCAUGGAAAUUCUUUUUCGUGUAGAGUUCAUAUAAGUUAUCGACUAGAAUGUCCCCUAUAGGGGCCACUUUUGCAAGCUUUAGUGACCCCUAUAGGGGUUGGUAAAGUGUUCCCGAGAGGGAAUCCUCCAAGGGCCCUAAGUUUGCUCCUAUAGGGACCACUUUGGAUUUCCUAAGGUUUCGAGUAAAAUAUCUUGAUUCUCAGUUAGACAGUUUCACCUAUUCUGCCGUCCUUCAUCUUUCUUUUUCUUCGAACUUUUCAAAGUUUUUUGAUUAUCGACAGAUUAAUUCAGUGAUCGAAGGAUUAGCCACAAAGAGAAAGACGCCAAAAGGCUGGAAAGCUCCGAAAGAAGAUUCGUUCAUCCUAUCGAUGAGCGUCGAUGUAAGUUCUAUUCUCGAAUUGAAAGGUCAUGAUAUUUGAUUGAGGACGGCGAGCACUGCCAGCUGCCUUUCGUUGAACUGUGCCCAAAAGAAGGUCCUUUGCUCAGGAUGGAACCGCGGACCGACGAGCCCAUCAACAACGUUCUCAUUUUUCAAGUCUCUCCAUUCUUUGACCUUUUGUACAAUUCGCUUUUCAGCUGAAAACCAAGCAUUUUGGGCUAGUUGAGAAGAUCCGAAUAGGUGUCGAGGAACUGACGCCCGGCAAAAGCCUCUGUAUCCACAAGGUUGAUUUCCUCGCACUAAGUAGCCAUUUCAACAUUCAGAUGAGACUCGUCGAAACGUUGAGUGGAACAGAAGUCAGAUUUCUGAUCCACAGCGAGUUCCGCGACUUCGAAGUCCUCGAGGUGAUGUGCGUCUAUCCAGACGUCGCUCCUCGGCUGAGUCCGUCAAAACUCGAAGAAGAAGGUCAAUCAUCAUAGUCUCAGGUUAUCAAUAUGCGGUCCAACUGCAUACCUUUGGCAGUAAGGGAUCUUUCCGACCAUACAUCAACCUCGUCGGCACAGAAGGCGAUUCUGGUUUCAGAGCCUAUCCAGGUCUCACUGAGUUUCCAGAAGACACGGUUCGCUGUUGAUCAAGACAAGAAACUGAAUUUUUGCACUCAGACGGUCCAAAUGGACAUCGAGGCACUGAAUUUGGGAGAACUCAAAGAAGUGCGAGUGUACGUGAGCACAACCGAGGUUCAUCACUAACUUUUAAAAAAAUAACUGGUUUCUGUUCAGAAAAUCAGCUGGACCUUCGACAUCAAUGUGCAAUGUGAGACUCCGGCAUUACUGAAGUGGUCAUCAAAGAAAAUGUAUUAACCUUCUGUCAAAUUCUCAUCUUCAGAAUUAUUUUUCAGGAAAGUCAUCAAAGCGAAAGACAUUAAAACUGCCUCUCUAACUGCCAUAGGAUGA